UCUCGAGCUAGGAACACCUCACCCCAAAUCCCCCCCUUCUUCAAUUCCCCUUUCUCCUCCGAUCCUUUCUCCAAUUCCAUUCCCUUCUUCUCUCUGUCGUCUUUAAUUGGCAAAAAAGGAGAACCUUUUUCAUUUCUCUCACUAAAAACCUCCAUACCCGCCACCUCUCCAAGCUCUAUCUCUCCAAAUAAAAGUGUGGGUCUUUUGCAGAAAGGCUAAAGCAAGUCUACGCUGUGGGUUUCUUUAGAAGGAAGGAAGAAAAAAGGAGUCUUUUUGAAGAUCAAGAAAGGGGAAAAAACAUGCCCUUAGAAGGGGUUUUCAUAGAACCUGCAGCUUCCGCUCAUUCAAAGCCAGAUCUUUCUCUCCACAUUAGCCCUCCGAACACAGCCUCCUCCCCUCCGCCGCCGUCUUGCAUCGAUGAAUUGGUAGCUGCCGCCACGGGAUUCGAUAUCCCGACGACCAACCGCCAUCGGCCGUCGCUCGCGUACCCGGAGCUCUCCUUGGCCGGUAACACGACAGCCGAUGACGUGGCCCGAGACGACAGCCGGUUCUUUAGAACCGCCGGUGGUCCGGGUGGCAGAGAACAUCCUCAUCAACAUCAUCAGCAACAAAACCAACCGCCGCCGCAGUCUGUUCUUGCUCCUCAUCAGAGUUUUCCUUAUUAUCAUCAAACCCGCCUCCAAAACCACACUUUUCAGCAGAAUAAUCAUAAUAACAGUAGUAACAAUAAUAGUGGCUGCGCCGGCGGCGGUGGCAGUCAGCAGGUGAGUAACAUAAAUCAUGGGGUCUCACUGUUGGAUGUAUCCGACGGCUUGCGGCCCAUCAAGGGCAUCCCGGUGUACCAUCAGAACCGUCCAUUUCCCUUCUUGCCUCCCGUAGACCAUCAUCCUACGGCUAGAGAGAACACCAAGGAUCCCAGAAAGAUGUGCUUCUACCCAAUGCAGCCUCCCCCGCCGCCGCCGCCGCCCACAUCGUCAUCUCCGUAUUUCAACGGCUUCGAUCAUCUCUCGCCUUCCUCAUCCGCUUACCGGAGAUUCAACGGCUUCUCCUCCGCCUACCAAAUCAAUAACCCGCAGCAGUACGGCAGCGCAGCCUCUCAGCACCACCACUUCCACGACUCCCAGCCGCCGUCGGUCCCCGGGAUGUUGAUCAGAUCGAGAUUCCUCCCCAAGCUCCCGGCGAAACGCAGCAUGCGGGCCCCAAGAAUGAGGUGGACCAGUACCCUUCACGCCCGUUUCGUCCACGCCGUCGAACUCCUCGGUGGCCAUGAAAGGGCAACUCCAAAAUCAGUACUCGAGUUAAUGGAUGUCAAAGAUCUCACACUUGCUCAUGUCAAGAGUCAUCUCCAGAUGUAUCGAACAGUUAAAACUACUGACAAACCAGCUGCUUCCUCAGGGCAAUCGGACGGCUCAGGGGAUGAAGAUCUGACGGUGCUGGGGAGUAUAGGUGGCGGGGCAGGAAUCCGGCUCAUGGACCAAAGGGGGCCUCUUGAUGGUUCUCUGCAACAAGAACCGGAUUUUCUCUCCAGCACUGCGGCUAGCCUGUGGAGUAACUCUUCAAGCAGCAGAGAAGGAUGGUUACAAACUGGUAAUUCACUCGAUGGGAGUGGCCUUAUCAGAUCAUCAUCCUUUCAACAGCAACAAAGAUGUGGUCAUCCAAUCGAGGAUUGUGAAAAGAACCCUAGCUUGGAAUUCACAUUAGGCAGACCAGACUGGGUUCAAAAGGAGCGUGACUAGACCAAUAUUAUAGAUAUGGAAUUGCAGCUGAGAGUACUCUUCUGAUGAUCUGUGGAUCAGCUAUCAUCUGAUUUUGGGGUUUUUAGCUAAUUAAUUAGGUUAUUCUUUUUAUUUGAUUUCUUCUUUUUGGUUUUCUAAUCCUCAGAAUUGGUUUCUUGGGAAUGAGUAUGUAAAGUUUAGGGGUAUUUCCAGCUGAAAAGCUCCUUCCCAUGCAUUGUCAGCCGACAACCAAUGUGUUGAACGUGGCUUAGCUUUUCUAGAGCUUCCAUGUUUAACCUAAUCAAGCAUAUAUUGAUAUAUAUGCCCCAACCUAGCCCCCCCCCCCCCUCCCACAUUAUGCUUAGAAAGUUUGAUAUAUAUGGUGAAGGUUGUGUAUCCCUAGAUGAUCAUAUCAUAUCGGAGUGUGUAUACCUACACACAUUCUAUAUAUAGAUGUUAGAUGGAAUGAGAAUGUGAUCUUAUUAGAUAAAUGAGAUGAGCAAUUCAUAUAUACUUGUAUUGUUUUUGUGUUUGUACGCAAUUUCAGUGAAAAGGCUAGAGGCUUUACUGGCGAAUGAUAUGAUGCAUCUUUGAUUCAACCCAAUACACUUAUGUUUCGAGUAGUGUGGUAUUAGCAUUGGUAGAGAAGAAUGUGCUUAUAUAGAGAUAGAAUGUAACUAAACUUGCUAAA